AUGCUUGCCAUAUCCUUCCGCAACGUUGCGAAUCCAUCGCAAACCAAUGGCCCACCUAACAACUCCCUCUCCCGCCACCUGCCAUCCCCGAUCUACGCAACAAGGUCGACAUUCGUGAGUCCCGGUCACGUGGAGCACAUCCGUCAGGCAGCCCAAUACCUGAAUGAAGGUCGGACCGUGAACACUUUCCCACUCCCGGGUGGCCUCACCUUCGGCCAGCCAACCUGGGUCCUCUCACGCCAACCAUCCAACCCCGACCCUAUCUACUACUCCCACGCGCCCGACCACGGCCACGUCGCCGACAUUGACGCCCGUUGCUACUCCCACUACCCCACCUAUCCCAAUCAUCACCUACCGACACCGACCAUCUCUCGCAGCGAUAGAACUGGGAUCACAUCUCUUCCACACUUCGAUGAGCUCGAGCUCGUUGACUUCGACGUCAUGGAGUGUACUUUGCUACUCGCACCCAUAGAUGCGACGAGAGAAUGCCCAGAGAAUGAGAGAGUGAGACUACAUGGUGUGGGAGAUCUCGCCUUGUACCCAGACCACACAGUUCAUUUCAGUGGUUCUGGGCAUAUCACGUUCCACAGGAUCGAGAAAGAACUUUCUUUCCAGAUGAUUGAGCUCGAGCUCCAUGAGGAUUCAAAACUUCCUAAGGGUGCUCCGCUACCGUCCAAUUUUGAUCGAUUUACAGGUUAA